AUGGAAGCCGUUUUUUCGUUGGAGCUCUGCCAGCAGUUCGCUGGUGAGCUUACGGUGUCUUUUGAUCAGUAUGUGCCGGCUUAUGCGGAGUGCUUGAUUGCAGGCUUCUUUGCGAGGGGCCCUCGAGCGCCUUUGGCUUCCUGGUCGGUAAGUGCCUCAGCCGACCGCCGAGAAGUCAAGAUUUUGAACGAAGCCGUUGAGGAUUAUGUUCGCGUGCUGCUAGGAGAUGAUCAAAUAGGCCUCUACCUGCACGUGGAUGACGCGCUGCUCUUAGGUGUAGGAGAAUGUGCCAGGUUGACGGGCCCGCUGAUGGAAGAGAUUGCUGACAACAUGGAGGCUGCAGGUUUCCGAGUACCCGGUCGCAGAUCGGGAGAUGAGAUUGCAAAAGUGGUAGGCUACGAGAUUGAUGCGCAGAAGGGUGAGUUUUCACUGCCUUGGAAGAAGGCUCGCUUGCUGCAGGCUGCUCUUCUUAAGUUGGCAAGUGCCCGGUUCGUGUGUGUCGAUUUGCUCAAGGCUCUGGUCAGGAUCUGGAGUUUCGGUGCACAGCUUAAAAGAGAGCUCUAUUCCAUCCCAUUUUCGGUUUACCACAUGAUCGACAUUUGUGAGGGCCAGUUCGUGAGACUGUGGCCAUCGGUGAGGCGAGAGCUCGUUGCCAUGUCCAGGGCAGUGGACUUUAUGGUGUUGCCGGCAUCGGACCCAGUCAGCAGAGUGGUGUUCGCGACGGAUGCCAUGGGGGCUGAUGAUGUCGACUGUGGGGGUUUUGGAAUUUGCAUGGCUCAGGCUACUUCGGAGGAGUUCGCAGCCCUGAUGUGGGCCGGUGAAGCGCCGGGUUUUGCCAUCUCCGAACAAGACCGUUGCCUCGGACUUUGUUUGAAAUGGACAGAGUUGCAAGCGGGCCGCUGGCAGACGGCCGACCACAUCACCAUAGGUGAAGCCAGGGCUGUCACAAAGUGCUUGGAACUGGUUUGUCAGUGGCCUUCUGCGAAUGAUCACGUUUUCUUUGCCUUGCAAGACAACCGUCUGUGCGCGAGUGCAAUGACCAAAGGGAGGCUCGACCCGCUUCAUGUGAACUCCGUCUUGACUGACACUUACGAGCGCCACCAAAGGGCGGUCGAGAAAUUUGAGAUUUUCCUGCUUCUGAACGACGCGGUUCCUUCUUCAGCUGCUGAGCUUGACGAGUGGCUCGUCCUUUUCCGCCGGGAGGCCUCCUUGACACGUUCUCAGUUCGAGGUCACCUUGGCGGGCAUCCAGUUUGUGGCUCCGCGCUUAAAGGGAAAGUUGCCCCUUGCAAAGAAAGUGGUCAAAGGACUGACGAUCGAGUACCCCGCCAAACAUGCUUUCCCGAUGUUGUCUCGCUCGGCUAGGUUCAUUGCAAGUAAGAUGGCAGCUGGAAGGGAGCAUCGUUUGGGUGUGUGUAUGCUAUUGCAACAGGCGACAGGGCUUCGGCCUUCUGAAAUGCUGGGUCUGCGCGAGCAUGACAUUAUUAGACCCAGUGAGUUCGUGCCUCGCUAUGUCCUUCGCCUUGGCACCAACGUGGGCACCAAGGUGGGGAGGGAACAGACCGCGUUCUUUGACCCCGAACAGGACCCGGUGCUCGCAAUGCUUUUGUUUAGGCUGCUGCGCUCGACGCCCGAACAGGGGCAGCUGGCUGCUUGCGGUUAUGAUCAUUAUCGGAGGGUGCUCGCUCGUCACAGUGCUUGUUUGGGAGUGCUUUAUUCCCCUCAUUCCUGCAGGGCCGGCUUCGCAACAGAGGCCAUCAUCAAAGGCGAGGCGCCCACUCUCGUGCAGAGGCGCGGCCGGUGGGCUUCGGAAGCGAGUUUCCUUGUGUACAUUGACGUGGCAACUGCUUUGCAAGUGGAGGCUGAGUUUCGCAGCCGUGCUUUGGAUUCGGAGAUUGACGCAGCCUCCCGGAACUUGUUGGCCUACUUUCCAAAGACCUGCUUCGCGGAAGAGGAUUCGGAGUACAGGCCGAACUCGCCUGUGCCAACGGUGAGGCACCGGAGCGCGCGCACCAUGACGCCGCCGCCCCGAGUGCUUCCGGCCCGCCGAGACGGUCGUCGGCCCAGACUCGACGGCGCCUCGGUUCUCACUCCCGAGGUGCGCGCUCAGCUACAGGGACGUGGUUUGGUGGCUGGUGCUGCCGACGGAGCCGGGCGCGAUCCAGCUAGAAGGCCUACUCCACGACGCAAACCGGUGUCGUGGUUCUGCUGGGCGUGGCGUUCCUGCAGCAAGGGACUGGCGCGUCUUCGCAUGUUGGUCCUUUGGGGAAGCUUGGCCUACGUCCUCGCGGCCGGGCCAAUGCGAGAGCUUUUGCUACCAGUACAGAGUCUACUGGCGUCAACGGCGCAGGUUGGGGAGAGUGCGGCUGGGGCACUCUCGUCCAUCCUGGAUGGUGGGACUCAGCUGGUGUCAGCUUCUACAAGUGUGGUGCGAGCGGCUUCGGUUAACACUUUGAGCGUGGCGCAGGCUGCUUGGGUUGGUGUGGACCUUGUCGGCAUGAACGCCACCCAGGUGGCCCAGGUGGUUGGGCGAGUGCUGGGCGAGACAUCUGAAACCAUCGAGCUUUGGCUUUUCUCUGCGCAGGGCCGUGAGGUGCUUCGGGAUCCUUCACACGAAGCUCUUGUUUUUUGGCGAGGUCUCCUGCAGUCGCAAACCUUUCUCCUCCCGGUGGUCGCGGCCGAAACCGAAGCUUUAGUAGCUUCGGGUGACUACUGGGCGGCCUCGGCGGUUGUUUCCUUCGCCUCGAGCGGCCUCGUCGUCUUCGAGUUUCGGAUGCUUCGCAUGCAUUUCUCGCCGCGCUGGGCUAACCCCGUGUGGCAGUUCGGUGGCUGGAGUGCGGAGGAUGAGUAUGACCAGAUUCUCCGUAUUGCUCGCGAUUUUGCCUCCACGGUGCCGACUGCCAACCACACAUGGGAUCAUGUUCUGGCCCCCCCGCCCUCCUCUGCUCGCUGGCCUGUUGUCGCCGGCUUCCUUCGCCGCUCGGACGCGUUGCUAUGGGCCCCCUUUCGGGCUUGCUGGCGCUUCGGAGCUUCCAUGUGGGAGUAUGGGACCAUGCAUCCGCUGGCGUUCGCUGGCCUGUUGCUGGUGGCCACAGGCUACUGCAUAUGGGCGUGGCGCUUCAAGACCUUGGCGAGUCUACCAACCGGUGGGCAUGUCAAAUGGGCCAGUUUGGUGGAGCUCAUGUUGCUUAUGCGAGGCUGGUUCUUGGUGGGAGCUGGCGCUCUAGCACAGCAACUUCGCUAUUGA